AUGUUUCCGCCGCCGCUGCCGAGCGCAAAUGCCAAUGGAGCUGGCGCUGCAAAUGCAGCCGGGUUCCAAGAAGACCUGAACAAUGUGCUUUGCUGCCCCGACUGCAAAGAAUACCCCCCGAACCUGAUCGAGGAGUUUUCGAGCGGAGACAUGGUCUGCCAGAGCUGCGGCGUUGUCGUUGGCACUCGCAUCAUCGAUACUCGGUCUGAGUGGCGUACCUUUGCCAAUGACGACCAGGGAGGUGAUGACCCAAGCCGUGUCGGCGGACCUCAGGAUGAAUUCGUCGAGGGUCAGCACCUUGCCACGACCGUCGCCUUUUCCGAAUCCAAGGCUCACAAGGCCUUGUCCCGUACCCAAAACAACGCCAACGCAGACAAGGCUCAGAAGGGUUUAAUGCAGGCAUACAAGGAGAUUGUUGCGCUUUGUGAGACUAUCAAUAUGGGAGCAAAUGUCUCCAAUGCCGCUAAGCACAUCUUCAAGCUCGUUGACAAGCACAAGUUCAUGAAGGGCAAGCCCCAGGAAGCUGUCAUUGCCGGGUGUAUCUUCAUCGCUUGUCGACAAAACAAUGUGCCUCGAACAUUCAGAGAAAUCUUCAACCUUACUAGCGUUAGUAAGAAGGAAGUGGGCAGGGUCUUUAAGCAAUUGCAGAACUUUUUGCAAAAGAUCCAAGACACCGAAGGCGAGGGCGGUACCGGACUGAACACCGUCACCAACUACGAAAACACGUCUGUUGGCGCCGAAGAUCUCUGUGGCCGUUAUGUGUCUCAACUGGGUUUCAAGAACCAGCAAAAGAUAUCCAAAAUCUCCCGCGAUCUCGCAGAGCAGGCUACCGACAUCUCUGCUCUGGCCGGCCGAUCACCGUUGUCCGUCGCCGCUGCCUGCAUCUACAUGGCGUGCCACCUUAUGGGAGAGCCACGCCCCUCGGCUCCCAUUGCUAAGCAAACUGGCGUCAGUGACGGAACAGUCAAGACGGCUUACAAAUUCCUCUUCGCAUACCGCGAUACUUUAAUAAAGAAAGAAUGGCUCGAGGAGGGUGGCAAGAUGGAGAACAUUCCGCAAGUCCAAGUGUGA